AUGAAGUCAGAGGACACGAAAGUGGAAGCUGCCGAAACUGUGAAAGAUACCGAGGCAGCCAAGGCUCUGGAAAAAGACACAGAAGGACAGGGUAUCGAGGCUGUUAAAAUUGGUGUGAAAUCAGAAGACACCAAAGCGGAGGAUGCGAAAGUAGAGGAUGCGAAAGUGGAAGAUGCCGAAGCUCUGGAAGAAGAUGCGAAAGGUCAAAAUGUCGAGGAUAACAGGGCUAUCGGAGAAGGCGCAACGGCAGCCAAUGCUUCUUAUCCAGUGAAACCAGACGAAAGCUUUUCAAAAGAAGACACCAAGGCGCGGGAGACAGAAGAAGGCGAGAUGGAAGAUCUUAUUACAGAUCUUACUGAAGAAGGAAAACUGGAAAAAAAUACAAAAGAUCACGGAGACAGAGAAACCGAAACCAACCAAGAAGAAGUUGAAAUAUGCGGCUUGGACUUCACUGAAGAAGCCGCUCUUGAAACUAGGGAAGCCUCGUUCAAUGGUGAAGAUCGACACGUUAGCGAAGCCACCUCACAAAGCGAAAAAGCAAAGGAGGUUUCCGAGGAGCCAACCGCGGAUGACAUCUUCAAAGAUAUCAUGGAUGAGACUGACGAGUUCCUGGAGCAAUUGAAAAUCGUUGACGACUCUGAAAUAAACGCCCUGCUCCAAUCAUUAGAAGGGAAGGACACCAAAACUCAAAACACCAAGACUCAAAACACCAGUCAAAACACGCAAGACCAAGCAAAAGUGCAAGCGCAAGCCGUCAUCAAGACAAGUGAGAUCCGCAAGCUGAACGAACAAGAGCCCGUAUACAUAUACACUUCACUAGCCGGAGGCGGGUUCCACAUGAUCCCGCGAACAAACCGUCUAAGCACUAUCCUGACUGCCAACAGGGUCCCAUUCACCUACAGAGACCUGGGUACGGAUGACGAGGCAAGAAAGGUCUGGAAGACGUUCAGUAAGGGCAGAAGCCUUCCAGGUGUGGUGAGAGGACGCAACGACCUCAUAGGGAACUGGGAAGACGUUGAGGAGGCUAACGAAGACUAUAAACUGCGCGAACUUAUUUACGACACUAUGUAG